UAUAAUAUCAUUAUUAUGACCAUGCCGUUUUCCAGGAGUUAGGAAAUUUCAAGUUUCAAACGUUUUCUUUCAGACAAUAAAGUUUCAACGCCGCAAAAAAUGCCCUCCCCAGGAAAGAAAUACAACGUCAACGCAGACGGAGCUGACGUCAAAAUGAAGCCUGCUUGGUGUGGUUACCGCGUGGUAAUCAUAUUCGGCACUGUGGUAUCCAUCCUCAUCUACACCGUGGGCGCCAUACUCACCGGUGUGUCGUACAGAACCUACGACAGAGGGGUGAAUUGCACGCUGCCGUACUACGCGUACUCGAUGGGGUCGGUGAUCAAGACGACGUCUUUGUUCGGCUACAACACGCCUCUGGUGGUGGUGGGUCCCGUGCUUAUGGGCGUGGGAGGGACGAUCAUCGGCGUGCUGCUGCUGCAGUGGUGUUUCUGUCGGCCUGCUCUUACCAAUACCUAUAUGCUCUGAAUCCAUUGAGUCUACGCAUAUAUGUACUGAAUAUCUAAGUGUUUUAACCCAAAAUCGUCUACGCGUAUAUCUACUGAAAAUCUAUAUGCUCUGACCUUAUUUCCAAAUUUCUUAACCAACGUGCUAUGAAUCUACAUCUGAACGCACUGAAUCAACAUCAAUUUGCACUGAACUAAUGCCCUCAUUCUCUGAGUCUACAACUGCAUGCUAUGAACCACACUCUCUUGUUUUGAACUCGUUCAAAUAUUCUCUGAGCCCACACUUUCAUGUUCUAAAUGCUUGGUCCCACAUAUGCUUGCUAUGGACCCAAGCCUUUUAUCGACAUUUACCCACUCAGAUCCGCGUGUAAACUCGGACACAUAAGCACAAAAAUUCAACAGCACCCAAUUAAGAUAGAUUAAAAUCACAGAAUUACCAAAAUAAUCUUCGAAUUAAUCGGUAGGGAUGGGGGUAAAAGAAUAAGAUAUGGAAACUCGAAAUCUUGGAUUAAAACUCAAAAUCGCCAUUGUAAAUUGGAGUGAAAAAAAUUAGAGUGAAUGUAAAUUGGAGUAAAGUGUUAAGAUAAUGGUUAAUUCUGCCUCACUGUGAGUACAAAAACGUUAAUUUUUUAUCGGUGCGUUUUCAUUCCGUGAGAUCUUUCUCCAUCACUGCUAUUCGUGAUUAGGAGACUUCAAACCUUAAAUUAAAAUAUCAUGUUUGGAAUGGUAAAUUAUAGAAUUUUUACAAAU